GCGCUUCCGUUGGAGGUGCUAGAUGCAUGGUGUAGGGCUAGUUUCAAGUCCUGGCUCGUAAACGGAAGGGAACCUACUUGUUGUAAUAUAGUAGCAUAAAUUUGGGAGAUAUUAACCGAAAAGCUGACACCGUCCUGACGGCGCAGACGCUUUUCCAUUCUCCUUUAGGCUGUGGUCAAGCGGUUAAACAGAGGACUCUGAAUGGGAUGCAUGCUCGAUUGUAGAGGAUAUCUUAUGUGUCUGCAGGAAGACGCAUUGGCUCCUCUGUAGCCCUUUCAUUGGUGCAUAGAUGAAUGAAGAAGCAGCUAAGAGUAAGCUCCCAGUCAGUGACCCCGUAGAGGAGGAUCAGGGGGAAAACACCAUAGAGAGUCUCAAAACCAAAACUACCUCUGCAGAACCACGAGCACCCUCAGAUGGCCCUAUAGAGGCAACUGAGAUAAACUCAGGCCCAGCUGGAAACACCCCUGUAGUGACUAAAGACGAGGGUAAGGCUGCUGGUGAGCCUCCAAUGGACUGGUUUGAGCCGCUUGAGGACGACGAUGAUGAUGCCAACAGUCCUGGCAAAAAUGAUCCAGAUGAAGAAAGCCCGCAAGGAGAGACUGAGAGCGUUGCAGGCAGUGAGAGAACCACAAAAAAAGUACAUCAAAUCCACGUGCAUCGACGUAAGCGCACACAUCCUGAUGAAGGAUGGAUUGAGUGGCCAGUGCUUGGAAAAGGUUGGAAACGCAAAGAGGUUGUUCGACGAUCAGGCUCUAGCAUUGGCCAGAUAGAUGUGUAUUAUCUAAGUCCGCGGGGUGAUCGAGUGAGAAGCAGAGUAGAACUAGCUACAGUGCUCCAGGGAACCGACUUGACAAGCUUUGAAUACAAGACUGGCAAGUUCCACGAUGGGGACAUCCCACCAUCGAGAGGUCGAGGCCGAAUGAAGAAAAGAUAUCGGGAACGGUCCUCCUCAGAGUCCAGUUGGAUGGAGAGAGGAGACGGGGCUGAGACUCCUGAGUCUCACCACCGGCUAACUCCAAACGUCACGCCCAAAAUUGUCCAAAGCAACCAGAAGAGUGUCUCCCUGAACAUUUCAACAGGAGAGUUUAAACGGAGCCCUAACUCUGAGGAAAAACAUUUUAAACAAAGCCCCAGCUCUGAGGAGAAACAGCCGGAGGAAAAGAUUCGGCUUCCUUUUCCCUCGUCAUCUCGACCGCUCUCGCUGCCUUCGAUAAAGGGGGAAUUCGGAACAGAAGAGAGCACUCUGCUCUGUGCAAAGUGUGGUGUUUCAUUUACAGGUACAUGGUAUGACAAACAAAGAAAGAAACCAUGCUGUCCCUCCUGCUGGGCUACGUCAAAGUCAAUACAGCACCCACUAAUCCGCUUUAGGAAGUGGAUUCCUUGUGGUCAGUGUGUGGGAUGUCACAACACCAUCGACUGUGGCCAGUGUGCUAACUGCAAGCAUGGCCUGAAAGACCCCGAAACUAGAAAACGCCUGUGCCGGAAGCGCAGAUGCAUAUGUCCGAUACGCAAGCGAAACCCAGGAAGCAAAACCGUCACUUACAAAAGGUCUUUUGUUGACACCACAGACACUUAUGAUGACAGUAACGAUGUCACGGAGUCUCAGCAUCCAAGUCUCAAAAGCAGCGACACGGAGAACUUCUCAGUCAACGUGGACCUCGAUGAUGAUGACAUGUCAACAGAUGAUGAUGAUGAUUGGCAUAAGAAGCGGAAGCGACGUUCCUGUGGAGAGUGUAAGGCCUGUCUGUGCAGGAAAGACUGCGGCGUGUGUGAUUUCUGUAUAGACAAACCCAAAUUUGGGGGCAGCAACAAGAAAAGACAGAAGUGUCGUCUAAGGCAGUGUCAGAGGCAGGCCAUGAGACAUUUGCUGCCCUUCCAGAUGGGAGCAGGUGAGUAUGGACCAGAUGGGUCACUGAUGCCUGGCAGGCCCAGACCUCACUACACAUACAGCCGGAAGCCCAACUCCAAGAGAAACCCAGAGCAGCAGGCUGACAUGGACUUUACAGACGACGAUGAUGAUGACGACAGUAAUUCACAACCGCAGAACUGGGGCUCAGAACCUUCGAGACACACCCAACAAUCCUUAGAUAUCGAUGUGAGAAACCACCAAUCUAUGCAGUUGAAUCAUUUGGAUCCUGGCGUGAGAAAUGGGGUGCCGGAUCGAUUCCCUCACAUCAGCAAUCAUAACUACUCCCAACCAGACCAUCAAAGUCAAUGGGAUACAGAAAAAUCGCACACAGGCAGAGACGCUCCAAAGCUCAUGCAAGAAGAGGAGGAAGAGUUGCCCAUGAUUACACAGAUCUUCAGUUUGGCUGAAAAUCCAGCUGAGAGUGGUAUAGACCUUGAAAACCAGCUGAUGAAAUUACUUUACUCCUUACGCUCCUCUGUCCUGCCUAUCCUCUGGUAUGCCAUAAUCGUGGAGGGUCCACAGCUGCAACUCAUCCAGUGUUCCAAGCAGUCCACCAUGGCUGACACCAUGGUGUUAAUCGACCCUGGCUUCUGCUAUCAGGUCACUGUUCAAAAGCAACCGCUGCUACCCACUCAUCUGCUAUACGAAAUCCACCCGUCAAGGUUAGGUACUGCGACUGAUGUGGUCAGUCUGCUGUUGUCUCUAGAGAGGUACGUUGUGUGUCAAGGACUUUCACCUAAAGAGUCGGCAUUCAGCAAAGGGCCGAUCGUACUGGAGCGGGCAGCGACGUGUGAAUUCUUGGUCCAGAAGAAUGAGCGAAUUUGUGCAAGCUGCAAAGCACUACAAGGACUUCAGAUACAGCACAGAGACUGAAAAGCAGUCACCCCAACAGAAACAGUGACUUUUCUUCUGCUAUUCUGUGCCAUUUUCCUCUGUUUUUUUUACAAUGGCGAUUAUUGUAUAGUAAGAGACACUUGACAGACUUACCUCUGGACUGUGAUAGUUUGUUUUGCCUAUUUGAAAAUCACCAAAGGAAUUCCAGGAGUUGUAAGAAUAUAAUUCUGUUUUUUCCACAGUUUUAUCACACUCUUAUAGUUUUUUGUUUUUUCUAAAAGACUGUCUGACUGUGUGUUUUUGGCAGUGUGUGAGAUUAUUUCCCAUGGUGCAUCUGUUUUUUUUACUUGAAAAAAUGUCCCCUUUACUACUAUUCCAUAUUUAAAUAAUCGCUAAUCUCAAUUGUUUUAGCACUUCAUUAAAAUUAUACUAUUUGCAGUUUUGGGGCUGGUGACUUUGGCCUCCAUUGUGUUGCCUCGCUUCAUCAGUAUGAAAAAGUUAUGAAAUUGAGCUGCUUCCAUCUCAUAUCCACGUACCUAAUCAUCGUGUUGGAGUUCAUCUUUCAUUGUUGUUCAGUAUUUGCUUUUAUUGUGGACGUAUAUUUUUUUUUUACAGUCAAUCACAGAAAAUCACUUAAAAUGCUUUGUCGUCACAAAGGGUAGACAUUUUCAUUUUGGAAAUGUUCGGUACAAAAUAUUAUGUGGCAGACGCCGAUCAAAACUGCGAAGGGACGAAACAACAAUCAAGCAUUCUAAUCAUGUAGCCAGGUUUUCCUUUGCAAUUCAUUGCCAUUGUUAAGAAACUGAUAGGCUGUUUGAAAUGUCUUCAACACACAGUUGUUGAUGUAUGCAGUGAAAUGCAGAAAACAUUUUCGAGUUCAAACAUAAGAAAGAAAACUUGAAAAUUCACCAAAUAAGAAUGUGUAAUAGCAGUUUGGUAAGGGCCGAGUUACUCCUGGAAAAUAAAACACUACCUCUCCAUAUUAAUGUCUCUCCAGGUUUCACUUCCUGACAUAAAACAGUGGGGUUUUCUAAUGGGCGAUCAUUAGGUCACAAUAAAGCUACUCAGUUGUCACAUUUAAACUGAAAGUGAACAGUUUGCUCAUGAAAACUAAUUUCUUUAGUUUUUUUUUAUGGAAAACACAAUAAUGUGCUUAUAAUUUGGAGGGGCUCUGGCAGGUGUUUUUGCACAAUGGAAAGCAUUACAUAAUAUUAGUGAAUUUAAGCCUUUUGCCCUAAUUUGUUUUCAUGAGUAAUACAAAUCUUUAAAAUUAUUUAAUUGAAUUUAAAGCCAUUUGAUAUUUUUAUGUAUACAUUUGUUUUUUCUUCUGCCCCUGUUCGUUCCUUUGGGAUGUUUGUGGAAUAACUCAGUGACUUUUUGACAAUGUGAAACUUUAUGCAUUUUCAAUGUAUAAAUGUAUUUUGGUUUUCUUGUUUUCUACAAUUAUUUGUGUUUAUUUGAUGCUUCAAAAUUCUAUUGUAAUUUAGUCUUUGAAUUAAAGCAAAUUUGAAGAGUCUGAUCAAAGAUUUCUAAAUUGGUUCCCCCCAAGUAGGCUGUGCCAGAAAACAUUUAUUCUUUGCUUGUUUUAUGCAUUAUGUGUUCUGACAUGAUACUGAGAAACUUAUUAGGCUCAGUUUAGAUUGGAUUGAAUGUUUUACUGUCCUCAAAGAAUGACAUUUUCACUUUGCUUUCUUUAGAGGUUACCAGAGGUGAUCAUUUGGCUCCUUCUCAGCCAAAACCUACCACACAACCUCUGUCACACCAAUCUGCUACAUAUUCUUUCAACUCUAUAUUCAACAUACCUUCUCCAGUAUACCUAAACCUUCUAAGGGUUGCCUCUCUGCAAUUUACUCCGAACGGUUACACCUGAGCUGUCCCUCUGAUAUAAUUAUUUGAUUAUUUGACUACUCUUGCCAAAGCAAGUUUCAUUGCUAUUUUUAAAUCUUCCUUAUCACUCUCGUCACAAAUACCCCUGCAGCUUUUCUUCAUCCAUUCCACCCAGCUUGGACUGUCUCCUUCAAUCUGCUGGGCAUUAUCCAGUGCUUUGGAUGGUUUAUCCCAAAUACUUGAGCACAGCCACCUUCACAACAUCUACCUUUUUGCAGUGUCACUGUUUCACCUGAUUUCCUCUCAUAAACACGUGUACAGUGCCAUGCAAAAGUAUUCAUGCCCACUGAACUUUUUAAUAAAAAAAAAAGUUCACUGGGUAACAAGAUGUUUUCAUUUAACAUUUUCUGUUACAACCUCAAACUGCAAUGUAUUGUGUUUUUUUUUAAUGAUCAAACAACUCUAGUGAAGGGAAAGAAAAAUUAGAUGAUUUUCAAAACAUUUUUUUUUUUUUACUAAUAAAAAUCUGAAAGCUG